UACUUGUGUAAAGAAGAAUGAAUCCGAGAAAGGAGAAAAUAAAGUUCAUAAACUUUUAGUUUCGUACCCUUUACUAUGCAUGAAAAAGUAAUUUAAUUUUCUCGAAACACCCCGGAAAAGAAUAAGAAAGUGGAAGAAAAAGUGCGGGUUAGGGGCUUAGGAUUAGAGUUGGGUCCGUGAUGGGUUCGAAGCCGUGGCUACAGCCGGCUCCCAUUUAUCGGACUUUGGAGAGUUUUUGGGACUCCGAUGAGGAUGCUCCUGGUCCUCGGUGUAGUCACACUCUAACUGCUGUUGCUGCUACUAAGACGCACGGUCCUAGACUUAUUCUCUUCGGUGGUACCACCGCCAUCGAGGGUGGCGCUUCCGCUUCUGCUCCCGGAAUCAGAUUGGCGGAUGUUACGAAUUCAGUUCAUUCCUACGAUGUACUUACUAGAAAGUGGACCAGAAUCAGACCCGCCGGCGAGCCACCUUCUCCUAGGGCUGCUCAUGCAGCAACUGCUGUCGGCACUAUGGUCGUGUUUCAGGGUGGAAUUGGUCCGGCAGGGCAUUCUACUGAUGAUCUGCAUAUCCUUGAUCUGACCAAUAAUAAGUUUAAGUGGCACAGAGUGGUGAUGCAAGGGCAGGGUCCUGGACCUCGCUAUGGCCAUGUUAUGGAUUUGGUUGCUCAGAGAUAUCUUGUCAUUGUAAGCGGCAAUGACGGAAAAAGAGUCCUUUCUGAUGCCUGGAGUCUGGAUACUGGACAGAAACCAUAUGUAUGGCAGAGGCUAAAUCCUGAAGGUGAUAGGCCAUCUGCUAGAAUGUAUGCAACCGCUAGUGCCCGCUCAGAUGGCAUGUUUUUGCUUUGUGGUGGAAGAGACUCUUCUGGGGCGCCUUUGGCAGAUGCACAUGGACUGCUUAUGCAUAGGAAUGGUCAGUGGGAGUGGACUGUUGCCCCUGGAGUCUCCCCUUCACCAAGGUAUCAGCAUGCUGCUGUUUUUGUUGGUGCACGAUUGCAUGUUACUGGAGGUGCACUUAGAGGAGGACGUGCUAUAGAGGGUGAAGCUGCCAUUGCAGUACUGGAUACUGCUGCUGGAGUCUGGCUGGACAGGAAUGGACUUGCUACUUCCUCAUGGAAUGCUAAGGGAUAUGCUGAAGAUGAUCCUUCUUUGGAACUUAUGCAUCGUUGUCGCCAUGCAUCUGCUUCUGUUGGUGUUCGAAUAUAUAUUUAUGGUGGCCUUAGAGGAGAUAUGCUCUUAGAUGAUUUCCUAGUUGCAGAAAAUUCACCAUUCCAGUCCGACAUCAAUUCUCCUAUAUUAACCUCUGAGAGAGUCUCAAAUUUAACCAGCCCUAGGUUUAAUCAACCUAAUUUAAGUUUGUUGCCAACAAUAGCUUCAGAUAAUAUUCCGGAGUUCUCUUCAUCUGGGGGCAUGAGCAUAGACAAAAAUUCAAUGGAGAAAUUGAGGGAGGCUUCUGCUGCUGAAGCUGAGGCAGCAAAUGCUGUCUGGCAAGCUGCACAGGCUGCAUCUGCUGUUCCUCCAGAGGAAACAUAUGUGUCUAAUGGCAAUGCACCUGCUUCCGAAACAAAUUCAGAUGCUAGUGGUAAUGAGGCUGGUGUUCGCCUUCAUUCUAGAGCUGUUGUAGUUGCUAAAGAGGCGGUAGGGAACCUGGGUGGGAUGGUUAGGCAGCUAUCCUUGGAUCAAUUUGAGAACGAGAGUAGACGGAUGAUUCCCUCUAAUAAUGACCUUUCCUAUCCUACCAGAAAGUUUGCUCGACAGAGAUCUCCUCAAGGCUUGCAUAAAAAGGUUAUUUCUACAUUGCUUCGACCCCGAAACUGGAAAGCGCCCACUAAUAGGAGGUUUUUCUUGGAUUCAUAUGAAGUGAGUGAGCUUUGUUAUGCUGCUGAACAGAUUUUUAUGCAAGAACCUACAGUGCUUCAGUUGAAAGCUCCAGUAAAAGUCUUUGGUGACCUUCACGGGCAGUUUGGUGAUUUAAUGCGGCUAUUCGAUGAGUAUGGAUUUCCUUCAACAGCUGGAGACAUUACGUACAUUGAUUAUCUAUUUUUAGGAGACUAUGUUGAUCGAGGACAACACAGCUUGGAAACAAUAACAUUGCUUCUUGCUCUUAAGAUUGAAUACCCUGAAAAUGUUCACUUGAUUCGUGGAAACCAUGAGGCUGCUGACAUAAAUGCGCUCUUUGGUUUUCGUAUUGAAUGCAUUGAGAGAAUGGGGGAGAAUGAUGGUAUCUGGGCAUGGACACGCUUCAAUCAACUAUUCAACUAUCUUCCACUUUCUGCUCUUAUUGAUAAGAAAAUUAUCUGUAUGCAUGGCGGCAUAGGAAGAUCUAUAUAUUCAGUUGAACAGAUAGAGAAACUUGAGCGGCCAAUAACAAUGGAUUCAGGAUCCAUUAUUUUAAUGGACCUAUUAUGGUCUGAUCCAACAGAAAAUGAUAGCGUAGAAGGUUUGAGACCCAACGCCAGAGGUCCAGGUCUAGUCACUUUUGGGCCUGAUCGUGUGACGGACUUCUGUAAGAAAAACAAGCUACAACUUAUUAUAAGGGCUCAUGAAUGUGUAAUGGAUGGGUUCGAACGAUUUGCUCAGGGUCAAUUAAUUACUCUUUUUUCUGCAACUAAUUAUUGCGGUACCGCGAACAAUGCCGGAGCUCUAUUAGUGGUCGGUAGAGGAUUGUUUAUAGUCCCAAAGUUGAUCCAUCCCUUGCCACCUCCCUUUCAGUCCCCAGAAACAUCACCAGAACGGGCUGCAGAUGACAAAUGGAUGCAGGAGCUGAAUAUCCAAAGACCACCAACACCAACUCGUGGUCACCCUCAACCCGGACAUGAUCGCAGCUCACUUGCAUAUAUAUGAACACGGAAUAAAAAUGUUUUGUAACAUACAAAUAUAUGAUACUGGAGUCCAAUGUUUACUUGAGAAGGUCGAUUCUUACAUAAAUUUCGAGAAGGCUCGUUUGUU